AUGGCUUAUCAAACUCUCUCUCCAGUGGUCAAUACCCCCGGGAAAACACGCCUCCAAGAAUCUUUAGAGCGAGCUCGAGAUCGCCGAGGCCCAAGCCUGGGACAAUGGCUUGCGUUACCGGGACAUGCCCUCGCCAAAACCAUUGCACCUCUUGGUCAAGAUUGGGUUCUUAUUGACUGUGAGCAUGGCCAUAUCGAUGACCACAACAUGUACCUUCAAAUCAGUGCCAUUUCGUCAAGUGGCGUGUCACCGGUUGUCAGAAUUCCGGCUGGUGAGCCGUGGAUGGUGAAGCGAGCACUAGAUGCAGGAGCUCAUGCGAUCAUGGUACCUAUGUGCGAGACAAAGGAAGAGGCGAUACAGAUCGUUGAAUCCGCCAAAUACCCCUCAAAGAGAUACCCGAAUGGUUUCCGGGGCACUGGUGCCAUGUUUGCUCCAGCAGCUUUCAACCUGACCGGCCGUGAGUAUUUGCUCAACGCAAAUAGCAAUGUGAUGGUAUUCGUGCAAAUCGAGUCUCGCAAAGGCGUGGAAAACGUUGAGGAGAUUGCCAAGGUCGAUGGCAUUGAUAUGCUAUUUAUCGGACCAAAUGACCUUGCAUCCUCACUAGGAUACGUUGCCUUCGAUCAUGCAACAACACCGGAAGUGCAACAGACGACUCAACGGAUUCUAGACGCAACUUUGGCAGCUGGAAAGUAUGCAGGACAUUUUGCUCUUGAUGCAGCAACUGCUGCUCAGCGAUAUGAGCAAGGGUUCGAUUUUGUGAACUGCGGUGCGGAUAUUGUGGCACUUACAUCUCAAAUGUCAGCCGAGAUUCGGAAGGCAAAGGAUUUAACGAAAAAGAGCUUGGCCGGUAAUGAUGCAAAUGUAAGCAGCUUGGAAAGCGACGUGGAAGGAUUAGAAGGCAGGGAUAACGAUAGUGUAGAUGCCAUGAAGCUCUACUAG